AUGUCUGAGUUAAAACUAAAUAAUGGAACUAAUCGUGGAUUGCGAGUGUAUCAUCAGGUGAAUUCUAGUAGCAGUGAUGCUUCUACGUCUUCUGGCACUUCUGAUAACUCAGACCCACCAUUAAAAAGAUUUAACCGGUUGCUUCGUUCAUCAGUGGCUCGACAUUGGGCCUUUUUUAGAAAGGAUCAGAAAAAUUUGAGAAGUCGUGGUAGAUCUGUAUCGGAUGCCUGUCUAUGUUCAAUUGUUGAAAAUGAUUUGGGAUAUUUGGAUAUUCCAAUGGCAUCGGCUCGCCGGUCUCUUCAAGCAUUUAACACAAAUGUAGCAUGCGUGGCUGUACCGAGUUUAUUAAUCACGUCGGCGGGCGGGUCGACUGGUGUAGUUGAGGACGCCAGCGACGGCAGUGACGCCGAAAGACGUCGUCAUCUUCGUGUGCCCACACCAACUCAUUUGGGACAGUAA